CCGGGAAGAGCAGGGCCGCGGGUGCUAAUGUCGCGGCGGGCGAGGGCUCCAAGGAGAGCCCCGGCCCCGACCCUGCCCCCAGGCGAGUUCCGGCUCCGCCGCUCCAUAAUCUGCUCGGACCGCGCCUAACGCCUGUGUUUCCCGUAGAUGGGGGCGGAGUACGUGCCGGAGAAGCCCGGCCUCGACGCCGGCGACCCCCCCUCCUUGGCGCCUCCGCUGCCGUCUUCGAGAAAUUCGGCUUCAAGGAGCCCCCUCCGCCGCACCUCCCGCGGGGUUUCCGGGUCCUCCUCUCCUCCCGCCGAGGGCGAGGAGAAGGAUAAUGAAGGCGCACCCCAAAUGCCACGAAGAAGGGGUCAGAUGCCACUGAUAAUGAAGCUGCAGAAGAAGCAGUUGCAGAGGAUGAAGAUUGCAGAGCUGAAGCAGAUGUGCGACAAGCCUGAUGCUGUUGAGGUCUGGGAUGGUAAUGCCCCUGAUCCGAAGUUGCUCGUAUAUCUGUAAGUCAGAACACCAUCCCUGUUCUGAGACACUGCUGCCAGAAACGAAAGUUCCUGCAGGGAAGAGGGGUUUGAAGAACAACCGUUCCAGCUUCCUGACUUCAUUGCUGCAACUGAAAUUGAAAAAAUAAGGCAGGUGUGACAAUUUUAGUAUUGCUAGGCCCAUCACUCAGAGUUAUUGUGGUGGGUAUCAAAAUUCACGAUACACAAGGCCUGAGAGCAACAAGGAAUUAUUGUUCCCAAGGGCACUGCAAUCAUGGGUACAUCCACAAUCCAUGUUACCUGCUUCCAUCAUAUCUGCUAUGCUCUCAUCAAAUACACGAGGAGAAAAUGAGUUCCUUCUCAAAAAGGUAUCAGGACUGGGAAGACUCAUUUCAGAAUCUUUAUUUCAUGCUCCGCAAGAAUCUGUUGAACAUCUUUUUUGGUAUCUUCUUACUCCUCAGACCUCAACGACUCAUUCAUAUUCAUAAUACCUUGAUAAGUCAUGACAGCUGAUGUGAAGUAUGAUUUAACUAUGUUAAAUAGUGAACACUUUUAUCGAGUGGAAGAUGUAUUUCCAGCAUGCAGUAUACAAUAUGAAUUUCUUCCUGCCUUACACUUUGUUAUUCAAACAUGAAUGAGAACUUUGAGCAUAUAAUUCCACAUUUUGCUCAAGGUCACCUUCAUUUGCUGUUCGAUUUUAUAAUCUACACGUGGCAUAAGGUCACUACUGCGAAAACAUGUAAGCUCUCCAUUCUGUUUCUGUCUGUACUUUGGUUUAAUUUUCACACUAAAAUGAACCCCUUAUAUGCCUGCAAGUUACUAUGGCAUAUUUCUGUCAUUGACCAAUCAUUAUUUUCACUAUUUCUUGCUUGCAAUUUGUGUGUCACUUUAAUCAAGUAGAUCAACUUGUUGGUUACCAAGGCUACUCUUCGAGUCUUGUUUUAAUUUUCUGAGAACGUAUGGCUUUGUAGUUCUACAUGGGAAUAAAACAUUAUAUUUUGUGAUGUAAUAAUUGCUUCUGAUUUCCCAUUUUGCUGAAAGUAACAUUGUUUUAGUAGUUUAAGUGAUUUUUCUACCCUUAUGUGGUAGCCUAACAGGAAUGAGAUAUGAUAUUGGUAUGUUGAUCUCUAAGUCAUCCAUCUGCUUAAAAUAAUUCAAGCUUUUCUUUUGAGCUUCUUACUAGCUCAAAGUCAUUUUUACUAUUAGGGUUAUGAUUGUGUGACUAUGUGACUGGAUUGUCACAGGGCGUUCGCUUUUUUAUGCCUCUUUGCAAUGCUGAAGUAGAGCAGGCUGCUGACGAAUUUCCAAAAAUCCAAACACUCAAUCUGGGCCAGAUUCUACAGCUGAAGCUUAAGAUAAUGAAACCAGGUAUGCUGUCCCAGGAGCUUAAGAAAGCUCUUUGUAUGCCUGAUGGUGCCCUGCCCCCAUGGCUUACCAGGAUGCAGUUCGUUGGUCCUCCACCCUCUUAUCCUUAUCUGAAGAUCUUAGGUUUAAAUGCCCCAAUCUCUCCUGGAGACAGUUUUGAUGACGGACCCGAUGAGGAAGAACCUCUUGAUCGCAGCAAACACUGGGUAGAUUCGGACGACGAAGAGGAUGAAGAGAAAUAAGAGGGGGAGGAACUUAUUAUUCAUGGGGAAAUAGAAGAAGGCAUUCGGUCUGUUGACACCAUCUCAAGUACUGCAGUUGCUGUGGAAACACCUGACGUUAUCGACCUUUGAAGCUGCAGAGGAAGGAGCCAGUUAACCAGGAGACCAUUAUACCAGGUAUGUGCUGGUGGUAGCUCAAGGUAAACCGUCGCCAUCAGGCGGCAGUAUUGUUGAUGGACCCGGGGAACUGAGAAAGCCUCCAAGUGACAGGAGAGAAACUGGAUAGAAAAGUGGAGGAGGAACUGGAAGAUGGGAAAAUAGGAAAAAGCAUUCUAGAAGAGGAAGAGGUACUGGAAGAUGGGGAAGUACAAGAAGGCACUCGGGAAGAGGAAAAUGAGGAGGAUGAACUGGAAGAUGGGGAAAUAGAAGAAGCUACUCGGGAAGACAUAGAAGAGGAGGAGGAACUGGAAGAUGGCGAAAUAGAAUAAGCUACUCAGCAAGAGCAAGAGGAGGAGCUGGAAGAUGGGGAAAUAGUAUAAGGUAUUUCGGCAAGAGGAGGGGGAGGUACUGGAAGAUGGGGAUAUAGUGGAAGGCAUUCGGCAAGAGGAAGAAUAGGAGGAGGAGCUGGAAGAUGGGGAAAUAGCAGAAGGCACUCAGCAAGAGGAAGAGGAGGAGGAACUGGAAGAUGGGGAAAUAGUAGAAGGCAUUUGCUCUGUUGACACCAUCUUAAGUACUCCAGCUGGUGUGGAAACACCUGAUGUCAUUGACCUUCGGAUAGUGUCAGUGGCUAGACUUGUGAGACUGAAGAUAGUGACAGUGGCCUUGAACAGGCUAUCCGACUAGGAGGAUGCAAAAAAUAGUCGAAACAUUAGAAGACUUGUUUUUCACCGUGCAAUAUUUCUGUAGAGGUAUAGUUGAUCAAUCCCACUACAUAAUUUUCCUUCUUGAGUCUGAAUCACCAGAUGGCCAUCAAAUAGCUGUUGAAAUGAUAUCAGGAGAUGAGCACUCUCACAUUGCUAAUCUUCCCACUUCUAUGAAACGGGAUGACUACAUGCUAUGCAAUUUUACGGUCGGUAAUGGAUUCUCUGAUCUUAGAGAGGUAAGUUGAGGAUUCCUUGUAAUAUUCGCAAUUGCACCUUUAUUAGAAUCAGCCAAAAAAGCUUGCAUCCACAAAGGGCGAUAGUAUCCAGUGUGGUUUCGUGGGUGUGCUUUUCAUGCAGGUUACAUGUGAAAAACAAACAAUGCAGGGAAGUACUUGCGAGAGUGGAUUUUUUUUUCACGGGUGCAUUGGAGGAAUUUAAUUUAAAUAGUUUAAAAAUCAAAUUUAAAAAAAAAGAAUUCUUCAUGAUCAUAUGGAUAUAUAUUACACACAUGUAAAGUUUGGUGAUGAAAUAAGUAAACAUGUGAGCUAUACAAAAAUGACAAAAUGGUGAUUUCUAAAUAGUGAAUAAUAGAAGCAAUGUUCAUCUUUACAAAAUCACGAUUUUGUCAUUUUUACGUAACUCACAUGGCUACUUAUUUCAUCAUCAGAAUUUGCACACGUGUAGUAGCACAUCCAUAUAAACAUGUUGUUUUUUUUCGGAAUUUUUUGAAACUUUGAAAUACCAUUUUGGCGCUACUAAAAAAUAGGGCUCACGUCUAGAGCUCGUCCAGCAAAGUGAUUUUUCUUGUACUUGCACCAUAUAGUUCUUUUUUUGUCGCGUUUCGCUGGCGGAUCUGUGUCAGCAGUCGAGUGGCUACAUUUUUGCGAAGUAAGUACUACAAGAAAGGGAUGCACAUACACAUUUUUUUAGGGGUGAUGCACACGCACACACGGGAUGUUUUUGCUUGCAACUUUCUGUCAUUAGCAGGUUGCUUAUAUAAAUGGUGAUCCUCCCAACCACGCCGCAUAUAUAAAUGGUGAUGAGCAUUGGGCUUUAGCACAUCAUCCCUCUAUAUAAAUGGUGAUGAACAUUGGGCCUUAGCACAUGAUCCCUCCAUGGCAGGCCGCAUGUACACAUUUUUUUAGGGGUGAUGAACAAUGGGCCUUAGCCCAUCAUUCCUCCAUCGCAGGCCGCAGUAUAUAAAUGGCGAUCCUCCCUUCCACGCCGCCCCCUCCCACCUAGGGUUCCACCAGAGAGGAAAGGGGAUCGGGGGUCAGUUAUGCGCCGCCGCCUCCUGCCGUGCGCCCAUCUCCCCCCUCUCGCCGUCGGAUGCCUCGAAUGAGGAUCCAGUGCUGCUUGCGAGUAGGCGACCAAAUAAGCAGCUCCCCCUUUGGGAGCCGCAGUCCCCAAUCGAAGCAGCGAUCCGCAAUCAAGCGGCUCCUCUCCGAGCCGCAGUCGGAAAUCGAAGCGCCUCCCUUUUUUAGUGGCUAAUCCGGAAUCAAAGCAGUCCUUUCCGGAUUACAAUCAGAAACAGGCCCUCUUUCGAAUUCAGUCUCCGAGUUUCCAUUGGUGGCGGGAACCCAGCAGCUAUAUAUAUAUUUGGCCGGGCCGCACUGCGUCGCCCGUCAAUCUUUGGAGAAGACGCGCAGCAGCAACUCCCUAGACAUCAGUUUUCAGACUGACCGGCGGCAACUCAGGCGAUGGCGAGGACUAGUCGCCGGCGACAGGCUGCCAAAUUGAUGGGCAAACCAUCGGUUAAGGCGGAAUCCUCCCUCGACAAGCUGAAAGGCAAUGAAGAUGGUAGGAUCAGCAAGUUGCCCAACGACAUACUGGUCAACAUUCUUGACCGUCUUGAUUUCCGUGACGUUACAAGAACCAGUGUCCUCUCCAGACGUUGGAGUCAGCUUCCUGCCAAGCUCUCACGGCUUAAAAUAAGUGCUCGCGAUUUCAUGCCCUCAGAAACUAGCAUAUCUGAUGAUGAAUUGGAUGAAAAAUUGGUUCGGAUCAAUGCAGCCAAUGCAGCCGUGGUCAAAGCGACAAAGAGCAUGCUGGCACACAGGGAUCCUGGUGGAUGCACCAUCCGCCUCUUGAGCACGGCGUUCUACUUGAGAGAUGAUGCCCCCAUAUCCAUUGGGCAUACUGUUGGCAAUGCCAUGGCUACACACAAGGUUGAGAAAGCUGAAUUCACAGUUUUGACAGAGAAGGAACACAAGGUCAUUCCUGAUGAUGCUCUGAACUUUGGGGCACGGUUUGUGUCAUUUUUUAAUGAGUGCCUCAAUGCAUUUGCUGGUCUCACACGCCUUGACCUGGCGAAUUUGAGAUUCGUUAAGUCGGACUAUGUCUCCAGCAUCCUUGUCACUUGCAAGCAAUUACAUUAUUUAGGUUUUCACAAUUGCGACACAUCGGAUUGGAUAACGCUCCAAGUUGAACACGCACAGCUCAGUGAGCUCAGUAUUGUCGAUUGCCGGUUUGACAUGGUCGAACUCACCUGGGUUCCCAAACUCACCUGGCUGGCAUUUUUGUUUUGGAGAUCUUCACAAGAACUACCACUGUCACUGGGCUAUGUCCCAUUGCUCGGGGUUCUGAGACUUUCAAACCUUGCUCGUACUAUGCACAAAAUGGUCAAGCUGAGUACAUUGCUUCAUGAGACCUCUGUUCGAGACAUGACGUUGGGGUUUAAAUGCGAAAAGAUUUGGGUUCAACCAGAGUGUUUGACCAGAAGGCAGGCAUAUGUGUUUCAGCAACUAAGGAUUCUCAAUCUACUUAACAUUCCUGAAGGGUAUGAUCUCACCUGGACAAUGUUCUUCUUGGAAGCGGCGCCAUCCCUGGAGGAGCUCUACAUGACGGUAAUUGAUCAUCCAUGUGAAAUGAUAAUGGAUGAGGAGAAAAGGAGGAAGGGCUAUUAUUGUGAUAACAAGGGCGUCGAGUGGGAAUCAUCGUCAUCAAAUUUCAAGCACCAGCGUCUGACCAAGCUCACCAUCUUCUGCUUUCAGUCUGAAAACUACAUGAUGAGUCAUGUCAGGCGUGUCAUGGAAGCAGCGGUGAAUCUAGAGGAUGUCUACUUGUAUGAUAGACUGACAUGUAGCAGAUGCCGAGACGUGGAGCCUCUAAAGCCAAUAAGGUUCCCGGAGGCAAGUAGGCAGAGGUGUUGGGUGGAGAAGCAAAUCAGGGGGGACAUUGAGUCACUUGCCACAGUUCACUUCCUGGCGACUGAUGUAAUAAGGGACGAUCAUCUUGCAAGGAUACCUCGAGGCUAUUAGAGGCAGUUUGUUCAAUACCAGUCGGUUGGACUGAGUACUCGGUUGGAGCAGAAAGUCAUGCAAGUCUGCGUUUCCUUAUUUGGUCUAUUUGUGUAGCUGCAAUGCCUCGUAUAAUUAAGAUGAGUUGAAAGUGGCACUUGUAUUGUUGGUGAAUUAAUUUUUUUUGAUAAUCAGUUAAAUUUUAGACCUUAGUUUGUAGAGUCAUAUUGUAUCUACCGAUCUCUAAUUGCUGAUGAGUGCAUCAGUUGAUACUAUUCUUUGGGCGAAUAGUAUCCUUGAGGGGAAGCGUGUUUAUGAUCAGGAUGUGGAUUUGUUCUCCAAAAUCAGGGUUUGGGUUA